AUGAAUGUCAAGAAGAACGAGGAAGAAGGUGUGGAGCACCGACCAGAUUGGCUCCCCGAUGGCUGGGUUAUGGAGGUCAGACAUGGUGAGGAUGGCGCUCCCUACCAGAUAUGGUCCGGAUUCAGGAUGAAGGCGGAGGUCCUGAACUAUCUCUUCUCUGAGAUGGAUGAGCAUUGGAUACAAUCUAAGAAGUCCGCUGCACUAGCUAAGGUGCACGAAUGGCUUCCAAAGGGGUGGUUGGUUGAGAUUAGAGCUGGGGGUGAGAACAUGGACAAGAUGUUCAAGUUUUAUGUUCACCCUGCAAUGGGAGUACGUGUAUUCUCUAAAGAAGAUGUACUACUCUCUGUUGAGGAAAUGAAGAUCACUGAAUGUGAUACAGAUGGACAAUGCGACACAAACUCUCAAGAUAAUAUUCUAGCCUUGCUGGAGUUCAACGUAUCUGAGUUGCCACAAGGAUGGGUCAAAGAGAUAGUAUACAGAAGAACAAGGACAAGGACGGGAAUAAAGAAAUAUCUGUACUAUACGGAUCCUGUUACCCAAUAUGUCUUCCGUACUCUGAAGGCUGCAAUUAGAUUUCUUGAAACGGGGGAAGUCACAAAACGUAAAUUUAUUCAAAAGACAAGUGUCCAUGACUUGUACUCUUUUGAAAAAUCUGCUGAUCUGCAUGAGAGUUUGCACAAGAGACUAGCAAAUAUUUUGAAGUAUGCUAAAACACGUGCAAGUUCACCAAAACCUAGAGGGCCAGCACAAAGGGAGAAAAUAAACUGCAAUGGCCAAACAUCAUAUAGCAGUUCUUCCAUCAUGGGUAGUCCUGGUUAA